AAUGCGAGUUGUCGGAAGUUCGCGGAAUGAAAUUCCCGUAUAUUUAGUAAAAGUUUAAUAAGUUUAUCAAAAUUUAUUUUACUUUAUGUGAAAACUUCUAUUUCAUCAAAUAGAAAUUUAGUGAACCACAAAUAAAAAUAUAUUAUCUUAAAAUAGUGAUAAAGUGCAAGGCCCAUAAAAUGUCGAUCAAUUGGAAAUGUACUUUUCUACUACUAACUGCUUUGUUGUGGACUGAACUGGCAAAAGCACAAAAUACGACAGUUUUGCCAGAAAACAAUAGCACCACCGCAGCACCUACCACACCCGAGCCAAGAAUAAUUGUCAAAGAUAGCGAUUUGUGCAAGAAAUGCAAUUGUCUAUUCGAUGUUGAACCUAAGGAACUCGAUUGCAGUGGAAAAAAUUUGACAGACUGGCUUACAACAGAUGAAUGGAACAUACUUCAAAAGGGAGAUGUUACUUUUGAAACAUUAAAUUUUAAGAAUAACAGCUUAAAAACUAUACCAGUUUUACCAAUGUAUCCUGUUAAGUAUCUUUAUUUGUCUGAUAAUCAAAUUGACAAUAUAACAAUUGGUGCUUUUCAAUAUCUGAACGUAUUGCAUACAUUAGACUUGUCACAUAAUAAAAUAACUGCGAAAGUACUUGUACCAGAUGUAUUCAGAGGACAAUACGAUCCAAAAGCUUACUUACCACUUAACAAUUUGAAGGAACUUAAUUUGGGAUAUAAUGAUUUGCAUAGCUUAGAUGCAGAUCUCUUUGAGCACGCACCAGCACUAGAGACACUAAUAUUGUGUCAGAAUAGUUUUCAAGUUAUCGAUAAACUGAGUGAAACGGCCAUUUCUGGACUAUUCCAUAUGAAGACAUUGGACUUGUCUUACAUGGAAUUAGAGGAAUUGCCACAGAGUUUUUUAAAUGGACCGAGAGAACUGGAGACGCUUAUUUUAUCAGGAAAUGAGUUUGAUGAAUUACCAGAAACUUUAAAAUUAGCAAAGAAUUUAAGACAAUUGGUUCUAGAUGAUAAUCUUUUUGAAGAAUUCAAUGGAGAAGAAAUUUUCCCCCUUUUACCUAACUUGCGCUACUUGAGUAUAUCAUACAUGCCAGAAUUAAAAAGAAUUGGCAAGAAUGCGUUCAGCGAUCUACAAAAUCUUACCACUCUGAUUGCUUCCAGUAACCCAAAGCUGUCCUAUAUCGAUGAGGAAGCUUUUUCGAAAAACACUACUAAUCCAUUGAUACUAUCGUAUCCACCAAUGCAUGAGUUAUAUUUGCAUAAUAAUAAUCUCACGAUAUUGCCAAGAGAACUCUUUGAACGUUGGGAUAAUAUUCAAAUGCUUGACUUGAGAUUUAAUCCAUGGGUAUGUGAUUGCUCUAAUAAGUGGUUGGUUGAAUCUAUUAUUGUACAAGUUAAUGCCACUACUCCAAAUUUGGUCACAAAUGUGGAGUGCAAUUCGCCAGCAGACUUGAAAUCCGUACCAAUAAUUGACUACGAACCUAAAUCUAGCUGUUAUAAGGGUAAAAAUGAGGGUACUAGUGGAAGCAGCCUUGUUUUGAUUGGCUUACUAGUGGGUAUACUCAUAAGUAUACCCAUCGCCAUUGGUGGUUUCGCUUUAUACAGACGUGGUUACUUCAACUGGCUAAGAAGAGGAAACUCACGUAAUGAUAAUCGUAAUAUGUAUGAUCGUGCUAAUUUUUCAGAUGAUUUUCAUAUAUAAUUGCAAAGAGAAAAUUAUCUUUAAAAUACGUUGUUAUUUAUGUAUGUGUCAUGUUGUGUAUCAAAAU